AUAUAUCUCUUCCUCUUCGUCAUCAAAUGCUCCGAUAACUCAGACACAGUGAGAGAUAAUUCAAAACCAGAAGCGAUGGCGGUGGCCAGUUCCUGGGUCGCGGCGGGUCAGGCAGCAAUCCCGGUAGCCCAAUUCGGACCCUUCUCUUGCUCCGGUCUCCUAUCCAAUAAGUCCAUCAAAUUCAACCACGCCAAUAAAAAUCUCGGCUGCCUUCUCACUUUCUCCGUCCAAUCCAAGCCUUCGUCUGGUUCGAGUAGGAAUAGAAAACUGUGUUGCAGUUGUGGUGGCGAGAAUAACAGCACUAGUGUUGACUGUACCGGGUCUUCUUUGGAAUGGGAUUGGAACCAGUGGAGCCGCCAUUUUUCUGAGAUUGAACAAGCAGAGAGCUUUGCCUCUGUGCUCAAGUUUCAACUAGAAGAUGCAAUUGAGAAGCAAGACUUCCAAGAAGCUAUGAAACUGAAAAUGGCUAUUGCAGAAGCUACAUCAAAGGACACGGUUGCUAAGAUCAUGUCUCAGUUGAAGAUUGCAAUUGAGGACGAGCGCUACCAUGAUGCUUCAAAAUUGUGUAAACACACAGGCAGUGGACUGGUAGGCUGGUGGGUUGGCUACCCAAAAGAUUCAGAUGAUCCCUUUGGAAGACUCAUACGAAUAACUCCUGGUGUUGGUAGAUUUGUUGGCAGGACUUACAGUCCAAGGCAGUUGGUUACAGCAUCUCCGGGGAGUCCCCUAUUCGAAAUUUUUGUCGUUAAAAAUGCAGAUGGGACAUAUGUUAUGCAGGUGGUGUACUUGCAACAAGCCAAAGCCAACUCCACUGUUGCAUCAUCCAAACCUGAAAAAGGCUCAUCUACUCCUGAAGUUGAGAAUGCAACUGUAGUAGAUGUUCAGAAAAAUGAAGAUAAGGUAGAGAGUAGCGAAGAGAAAGGACUUAAUAUUGAGGGAGCAACUGAGGAGGGUAUAAAAAGUGUGAUAAAUUUUCUGAAGAAAAAACUUCCAGGACUGAAAGUUAAAGUUAUGAAUGUUGAUGUUGCUAAGGAAGUAAUGGAGGACGACAAUUCGGUAAACCGGCUGAUGCAAGAAAAUAGUGAAAACUCUGAAUCUGAUGAAAAUUCUGAAGAUGAAGUUGAUACUUUGGACGAAAUUCAGCCUGAUGAGGUCACUCUAGGAGAGAGUGGUGAUACCAUAGAUGAUGAAAAAGAUUUGGACAUGAAACUUUUUAUUGGGGGAAUUGUACAUAAUGAGGAUACUGCCACCAAGGAUGAGUAUGUUCGUCGACCUGCUGAAAUCAAAGAUAUGGAGAGAGAAUCUUUUGUGCUGCAUAUUCCGGGGAGAAGCCUAGAUCAUGAUACUAGAGAAAGUAAAGCAUCCAAGAUAAAAGUGGCAGCUCAAGCAGCUAAAAGUAUCUCUGAGCUUAUGCCAUCUGAUGUUGCCAAGGCAUUUUGGAACUCCGACAAGCUUUCUCCAAAGGUUACCAAAAAUAUGCGUGAAAUAGUGAAACUUGCUGUUAGUCAAGCACAGAAGCGGAGUAGAUUAUCUGAGUACACAACAUUUAAUCGGAUCAGCACCUCACGAGGGGAUCUUGAUCCAUUUGAAGGUCUGUAUGUCGGUGCAUUUGGUCCUUAUGGCACUGAGGUAGUGCAACUCAGGCGUAAGUAUGGGCACUGGAAUGGUUCAGAUGACAAAGACGAUUCUGGCGAUGUGGAGUUCUUCGAAUAUGUGGAGGCAGUGAAGCUAACUGGGGAUCUAAAUGUUCCUGCUGGCCAGGUGACAUUUCGUGCUAAAAUUGGGAGAGGGAGUCGUCUUUCCAACCGUGGAAUGUAUCCGGAUGAAUUAGGAGUGGUUGCAAGUUACAAGGGCCAAGGAAGGAUAGCAGAAUUUGGCUUCCGAAAUCCAAAAUGGGUUGAAGGAGAACUACUCCAACUCAAUGCCAAGGGUAUUGGACCGUAUGCCAAAGGUGCAGAUCUUGGUUUUCUUUACGUUGUCCCAGAGCAAAGUUUCCUGGUAUUGUUCAAUCGCCUGAAACUACCAGAAUGAGCCAAUUGUAUCAUCAUUGGCUUGAUACUUACCCACCUAGAUAUGGCAUGACAUCACACACUUGAUGUGAGAGAUGGGUUCUUUAGUUGUACCGUAUCCAAGCAAAGAAGGUUGGUUUACCCUUGUUAAGUAACACAUAUGAUGUAUUAGUUUCUGGCAUUUUGUUUCCACCCAAAUUCGACCUUUUCCCCCUUUAACUUCUAGAGCUGUAUAUCAUUUUUGCUAAUUGACCAAAAUAUAAUGCGACGAGUACUGAAAGUACUAUGAGAGUCCCAAGUCGUGAACCGUUUCCAGAUAUUGCUGAGGCUCCCUUUGUGUUGUAUGUUAAUAUAUAUAUCUACAGACUACAGGCAUGAUUUCUUGUCAAGUGAGAAUAUAGUGGUGAAUUACAUAA